AUGACGACUGACAAUAAUAAUACGACUGCUCAAACGUCCAAAGCCUGGACCACCGCCCAGAUACCGCCGCAAUUUCUCCGCGCAGCAUUUAUGGUCGGACAUGUCCCGCAGAAGGCGCUGGCGAGCGACCCGCGUAUUUCAUAUGCACUCUACGUACCACCGGAGCACUACAAGAACCCGACGGGGGACGCGUCGACGAGGGGGAAACCACUGCCUCUGCUGGUGCAUGUGCACGGCACGCGGCGCAGCCUUGCGCUGAUGCACCGGCAGUUACCCCAGUUCGCAGACGCCACGGGCUGCGCGGUUGUUGCGCCUCUGUAUCCCGCUGGUCUGGACGGGCCCAACGAUCUGGACUCGUACAAACAGCUGUGCUCGCCGUCUCUGCGGUCCGACCUGGCGCUGCUGUCGAUCCUGGAGGAGAUUGCGCACCGCUGGCCGGGCAUCGCCACGGAUAAGGUCUAUUUGAUGGGCUUCUCGGGUGGCGGUCAGUUUGCCCAUCGCUUCCUCUAUCUGCAUCCCGAACGCCUGCAUGCCGUCAGCGUUGGGGCCCCCGGGCGGGUGACGCUUCUGGAUGACCAGCAGGCGUGGCCGCGAGGCGUUGCCGACGUCGAGGAGGUCUUCCAACUCAAAUUCCAUCCGGAGCGUCUGCGCGAGGUUGAGAUCCAGCUCGUGUGCGGCAGUGAGGACGUCGAGCUGCAUGGAAGCAACGAGUUCCGCACCUGGGUGCAGCAGCAUGUCAAAGCAGGCCGCCGCAGCGGCGACGACAACGACGACGGCGGCGCGGUGCCCUAUAUGGACAAGGGCCGGCUCGGAUCCUUGCGAGACCUUGAGACCUCGUGGAACAAGCAUGCCAUUCAAUCACAGUUUGAUGUGGUGGACGGAGUGGCCCAUUCGUCUGAGGGGGUUUGCAAAUGCGUCCUGGGUUUCCUCCGGUCGCAAAUCCAGAAAGCUGGGCCAGUGAAACAGUAA